AUGAGUGUGAAGUAUGAAUUUGUAGAUGUGGCAACGAUAAAACAAGAAGACAUAGAUGUGGUAAUACAAAUAGAAGAACCAAAAAAACCAAAGCGCAAAACAGGUAUGAGGGACGUCCUAGCCCAAAUGGCUCCAGAAGAUUAUGAAACUUACCUCGUUCAACCUGCAGACUCUGAUGUACCACUAAAGUGUGACAAAUGCUUCGACACAUUUAAAAACAACGUCGAAAGGGGUCUUCAUUCUAUAAAACACAAUGAAGAAGGAUUCUAUGAAUGCCACGUUUGUGAAGAUUUUGUACACCAGAACAAACAAGCAUUUGAUAUUCAUAUCAGAGAACAUGAAGGGAUUAAAAAAUACAAAUGUCCGAUUUGCAAAAAACAGUUUACUACAAUCCGUCCUGCAUACGAGCACCAGUAUCUACAUAAUAACGAAAAACCCUUCGAUUGUGACAUCUGCGGGAAAAAGUUCAAAACGUCUCGUACGGUGAAAAGCCAUAAGUCUAUGGUUCAUUAUGAGUUGUUGAACGGACAAAAAUAUGAAAAAUAUGACUGUAAAAUAUGCAACAAACACUAUGUUCAUUAUUCUGGCUUGGCACACCACAAUUUUAGACACCACAAAGAACUGUGUAAACAAAAACCUGCUUUGUGUGAGACCUGUGGCAUGGACUUCUCCUGCAAAUCAGAACUUAAGAAACACUCCUUCGUUCACUCCAAAGACAAGCCCUACGCGUGUGAUCAAUGUCCAAAAAAGUUCCCACGAGUGACACGUCUCAAAGAACACCAAUUGGUGCACACCCGAGAAAAAAGGUAUACUUGUGGUGAUUGUGGGAAGAAGUUUGCCCAUUCUUCUUCGUUUCGGAAUCACUUGAAGCUGCAUACUGGUGAAAAGCCUCACACUUGUGUGGUGUGUGGUAAAGGCUAUAUUUGUGCACAGAAUUUAAGAUUUCAUCUCAAUAGCGUCCAUAAAACACAAAUUAAUGUUAACACAAACAAGAAUUAA